CUUUAUUCCCACAGACACUUAUCACAAUGGCAAACCAGUCCCCCAAAAAGUUUCUCAUUGAUAGCAAACUUGAACAACUCUACAACGAAUUACAUGACAGGAGCUUAGAUUACUUUCGGUACCUUGUUUUCCCGAUGAACUCUUCAGGAAAUAAGACGAACAAAAACAGUCCAUAUCAUUGGACUCUGCUUGUUUAUGAUAUGCAAGAGCAGGAAUGGAAGCAUUAUAAUUCAUUGAAACCAAGAAAGAAGGAGAAAUCAGGCGACCCUUACCUUAAAGAUGCUGCAAUAGUGAAAGAUGCUGUUGAGAAAUUCAUGAAGCAAUUGGAAGAAAGAAGGAGUAGUCAGCCACAAUUCAACUUGCUAACUCCCAUAGAGUCAAUCUUUAAAGAUGGUGCUCAACUAAGAACAGUGCAAGAAGCACCACAACAGAAUAUUGCUUCGGUUGAUUGUGGACCUGUUGUUUGUUAUGUCAUCAAAAAGAUUGCAGAGCUUGAAGAAAUACCACAAAAGAUUGAAAAAGAAGAUGUUUCAGCUUUUAGAGUGCAUUUGGUCCACAAGAUUUUACAUGAUGAGCCAAGAUCAUGGACGAAAGAAACGUGGCAAGACAAAAAACUAGCUCACGAUUUUACUUCUGAUCAGUAGAGAAAUCUGGAUUCAGCACUGGUUUAAGAGCAAAUUCUCCUCUUUUGUUUAGGAACACAAAAUGUGUUAGUGGUUAGUUUAACACUUUGUAGAUGGCAGAACAGUGUGUAGGUUGUUGGUUUGACAGUUUGUAAGUGAUUCGUUUGACAAAUGUGUUAGUGGUUGGUUUAACACUUUGUAGAUGGCAGAACAGUGUAUAUCUUGUUGGUUUGACAGUUUGUAAGUGAUUCGUUUGACAGUUUGUAACUGGUGACAAUCUGGAUUUUGAUAGUUACAUAAAACUUUCAUUUUGGCU